AUGCACCUGUACAACUACACUCUUCAACCGUCUUCAGCGAUAGUCCAGGCUGCUGUUGGCAAUUUUUCUGGUCUCCGUCAGCAAGAGAUCUUGGUUUCCAACGGCACUCGUCUGGAACUGCUGCAAGUCGACAACGACUCGGGAAAGUUGUCGACAGUCGCCGGAGCAGAUGUCUUUGGAUCCAUAAGGUCUCUUGCGGCAUUCAGGCUCACUGGUGGAAGUAAAGACUAUGCCAUUGUCGGAUCGGACUCGGGGCGGAUCGUAAUUCUUGAGUAUGACCCCAAAACCAACGUUUUCAACAAAUUACACCAGGAAACAUAUGGAAAGUCCGGCACGCGAAGGAUAGUGCCGGGCCAAUACCUCGCAACGGAUCCUCGAGGACGAAGCGUUAUGAUUGCAGCAAUGGAGAAUUCGAAACUCGUCUAUGUCCUUAAUCGCGACGUGGCCACUAACCUCACAAUUUCUUCACCUUUGGGAGCUCACAGAGCCUCGACAAUUGUCCACGAUGUUGUUGGUGUUGAUGUAGGAUUCGAUAACCCAGUGUACGCGGCGUUAGAGGUGGAUUAUUCACAAUCUGACCAAGAUCCUACAGGAAAUGCGCUUAGAAGGGCUGAGAAGCUGUUAACCUACUACGAACUGGAUCUGGGCUUGAACCACGUGGUUCGAAAGUGGUCUGAACCAACCGACCCUAGGGCAAACCUUCUUGUCCAGGUUCCAGGUGGCCAGUCUACCAAUGGGGCGACGCACGACGGACCGUCGGGUGUCCUGGUUUGCUGCGAAAACCAUAUCAUCUACCAGCACGGCGAUGCCCCUUCCCAUCGUGUUCCAAUCCCUCGCCGCCAGGACCCAGUCGCGGACCCGAACCAGGACGUAAUCAUCGUCGCAGCCGUGAUGCAUAAAAUGAAGACCGAAGACGGUGAUGUAUUCAAGGCUACAGUUGACCACGAGGACGGUGUGGUGUCGUCACUCAAGAUCAAGUACUUUGAAACAGUCCCUGUGGCUUCAAACUUAUGCAUUCUCAAGCAAGGACUCUUGUUCGUCGCAUCAGAAUUUGGCAACCAUCAUUUGUAUCGAUUCUGCAAACUCGGAGACGACGAUGACCAGCCCGAGUUUUCUUCAUCCUCGUACCCUUCCUAUGGCAUGGCUGAACCGGAGCAACCUUUGCCUCGCGCUUCCUUCGACCCACGGCCCAUGGAAAACCUGAUGUUAAUCGACGAGUUGUCGUCACUAAACCCAGUCCUUGAUGCCAAAAUUCUAAAGCCGUCCCUAGACUCGGAAGCGCCCAAGAUUUUUGCGGCGUGCGGACGUGGUCCAGCUAGUUCUUUCAAAAUCUUGAGUCACGGGCUGGAGGUGGACGAAAUGGCUUCCUCCGAGCUACCUGGUUUUCUGGCGCCCCAUUCGUUGUGGUCAACCAAGCGAAUGCAAACAGACCAUUACGAUAACCUCUUAGUCAUGUCUUUUCAAAACGCCACCAUCGUUUUGAGUAUUGGUGAAAGCAUGGAGGAAGUCAAAGACUCCGGUUUUCUAACCAGUAUGCCGACUUUGGCAGUGCAGCAAAUCGGCGAAAAUGGUCUUAUUCAGGUUCACACCCACGGUAUCAGGCAUCUAGUCGACUCUCAAGUAAACGAAUGGAAGGUCCCACAGGGUCAAACAAUAGUUGCAGCCAACACGAACCGCCGCCAAGUCGUUGUUGCACUCAGUUCUGCUGAGAUCGUAUACUUCGAGUUAGACCAGGAGGGCCAACUCAACGAAUACCAGGAUAUGAAGGCGAUGGGGAGCACUGUCCUUGCGCUAGGCCUAGGCGAAGUACCCGAAGGAAGGUUGCGUUUUCCCUACCUGGCUGUUGGGUGUGAAGACCAAACAGUAAGGGUGAUGUCGCUGGAUCCUGACAGCACCCUGGAAACUAUCAGUCUACAAGCACUGACCGCACCUCCGUCAUCGAUAUGCAUUGCCUACAUGCUGGACGCGAGCAUCAACAAAGUCCAGCGGAGUAUGUUUGUCAACAUCGGUUUAGCUAACGGCGUCCUCCUCCGAACAGUACUGGACGGUACCAAUGGACAGCUGACGGACACUAGGACAAGGUUCCUGGGUACCAAGCCAGUCCGACUACUUCGUGUAAAGCUGAAGGGAGAAGACGCCAUUUUAGCCAUCUCAUCGAGAGUAUGGCUGAAUUACUCCCACCAGCAGAAGAUGGAGUUCACUCCUUUGGCAUGCGAAACCCCUGAAUGUGCCUCGUCGUUCACUGGAGAGUCGUGUCCUGAAGGCAUCAUAUCUAUUGCCAAGAAUACUCUAUCGAUUUCAACCGUCAGCAAGCUCGGAAUGAAGCUCAAACAGGAGUCUGUCCCUCUAGCUUUCACCCCUAGAAAGUUUGUCACCCAUCCGGGUAACCGGUUCUUCUAUUUGAUAGAAAGUGAUCAAAGGACACUGAGCGAGGAGGAAGAGAAGAAGAAACUCGCUGAUUUGAACAUAUCCCGGGAUGACCACCCCAUUCUUCAACUCCCUGCCAAGAUUUUUGGGAGGACCAGAGCAUCAGCUGGCCACUGGGCGUCCCGCAUACAUAUCUUCGACCCUAUGGAGGCAAAAACAGUAGCGACACUUCCUCUGAAAGCGAAUGAAGCUGCAUUCUCCAUUGCCGUGGUCCCCUUUGCUUCAACGGGGGGAGAGUACCACCUGGUCGUAGGCACUGCAAUGCACCAUUUGGUCACUCCACCGCAAGCAUCAGCCUCUUAUUUGAAAGUUUACAAGAUUGUCAAUGAAGGAACGGGUCUUGAACUUUUGCAUGAGACGCCAAUCCAGGAUAGCGAGUUACCACGCGCGUUGCUGGCUUUUCAAGGGCGACUGCUCGCUGGCGUCGGAAAGGCCCUUCGAAUCUACGACCUCGGGAAGAAGAAGCUUCUUCGCAAAGCGGAAACCAAGUCCCCCACUGCCAUUGUAUCCCUUGCCACUCAGGGUUCUCGAAUCGUCAUUGGAGACAUGCAAGAAUCAACACUGUUUGCGGUUUACAAGGAAGCGGAAAAUAGGUUGCUCAUCUUCGGGGACGACACUCAACCGCGAUGGGUAUCCGCAAUGACCAUGGUCGACUACAACACCGUCGCUGUGGGAGACAAGUUCGGCAACAUCUUUGUCAACCGCCUCGAUUCGACAAUCUCUGAUCAAGUGGACGAAGACCCAACCGGCGCGGGAAUUCUUCACGAAAAAGCAACUCUUAAUGGCGCCCCACAUAAAACCAAGAUGCUCGCCCACUUUCACGUAGGGGACAUCAUCACUUCAAUUCACAAGGUUUCCUUGGUUGUCGGCGGACGCGAAGUGCUCCUUUAUACUGGAUUACAGGGGACGAUCGGGAUACUGGUCCCAUUGACGUCUAAAGAGGAUAUCGAGUUCCUAACCAUGCUGGAACAACAUAUUCGCAACGAACAAGGCAGCCUUGUCGGGAGGGAUCAUUUGAGUUGGCGGGGAUACUACGUGCCGGUGAAAGCGGUAAUUGAUGGCGACCUAUGCGAAACAUACGGCGGGUUGUCCAGCUCGAAACAGAGCGCAAUUGCAUCGGAAUUGGAUCGCACGGUUGGAGACGUUUUGAAGAAGUUAGACCAGAUGAGGGUAGCGUCCAGUGGCUUCUGA